AUGUCUGGCCGUGGCAAGAGCGGCGGUAAGGCCCGAGCUAAGGCCAAGUCUCGCUCGUCCCGGGCCGGGCUGCAGUUCCCGGUCGGGCGCGUUCACCGGCUGCUGCGUCGCGGGCACUACGCGGAGCGAGUCGGGGCCGGCGCGCCCGUUUACCUGGCCGCCGUGCUGGAGUACCUGACGGCCGAGAUCCUGGAGCUGGCAGGCAACGCGGCACGCGACAACAAGAAGACGCGCAUCAUCCCCCGUCACCUGCAGCUGGCGGUGCGCAACGACGAGGAGCUCAACAAGCUGCUGGGCGGCGUCACCAUCGCGCAGGGCGGCGUUCUGCCCAACAUCCAGGCCGUGCUACUGCCCAAGAAGACGGGCGGCGGCAGUGGCGUGGGCCCCGCUAAGGCCGGCAAGAAGGGCAGCGGGCAGCAGUCGCAGGAGUACUAGGCCGGCCGGCCGGCCGACCCCCCCGGCACCACACAAAAAGGCCCUUUUCAGGGCC